AUGAUCCAAACCAAAAAAUCGUAUCCAUUGCGGAUCGUCGUCUUCUUCGUCAUCGUCGUCGCAUCAUCCUUUGCCAUGCCAAUCUCUUCCAAAGUCUUUAUUGCCGGUGCUACUGGUGCUACGGGAAAACAUGUGGUUCAACAACUUCUUGAGAAGGGAAACUCGGUCGUUGCUGUCACAAGAUCCAAAGAUACCAUGAUGGGUCUGAUUCCACAGAAAGAUUAUGGAGAUCGUUUGCAGAUUCACGAGGCAUCCAUUUUGGAUCUUUCCGAUGACGAGCUCAAGUCAUUGACCAAGGGCUGUUCGGCUGUGGUUAGUUGUCUGGGGCACAGACCUACCUUUGAUGGCCUGUUUGGGCACCCAAAACGUUUGGUAACCGACGCCACGAAAAGGUUGACAGCUGCCAUGCCAUCCGACUCCAAAUUCAUCCUUAUGGGAACCGAAGCAGUCCAACUACCAAUUGAUCCCAAGCGAACUUUCUUGGAACGUUCGGUUCUAUUUCUACUGAGAAAUCUGCUCCCACCUCAUGUUGACAAUGAAGAAGUGGCCGCCUUUUUGCAAGAGCACAAGGAAAUCAAUUGGUCCGCUCUUCGACCAACCAAUCUGGUCGACGCGGAUGAGGCCGAUGGCAUUUACAAAAUCCAGGAAGAAUCAUCUCUUCCUUUGUUUGGGAGUCAGGCCAUUUCCAGAGCAAAUGUGGCCCAUUUCAUGGUCGAACUUGUGACCAACGAAAGCACCUAUUCACAGUGGAAGCACAAGAUGCCCGUCAUUGUCGAGAAAGAAAGUGAAACGAAAGCUGAGCUGUAA